AUGGACUCCUCCUCUUCCAAGAUGUUGUUUGGCAGUAAGCUUGAGCUGGAAAUCUAUCCGCCUUGGAAGGAUCAUUACAUCAGCUACCUUCGCUUGAAGAAGCUUUUGAAGGAAGGUGUCAUUCUUCAGGAUGCUUGGUCGGAGAAGGACGAAAAGGACUUUGUCAGUGCCUUGGACUCGGAUUUGGAGAAGGUCUACUCCUUCCAGGCCAACAAAUACGACGAAUUGAACGAGUACCUUGAUGACCUCCAGAAGGCUACGGAGUCUCCUACUGCCAAUUUCGAUGUACAAUCGUUCAGCAGCAAAUUGGAGCUGAUUUUGAACUUGGCCCAGGAACUCUCCCGCUUCCAGAGAUUGAACUACACUGGUUUCAUCAAGAUCGUGAAAAAGCAUGACCGCUUGCAUUCCAAGUACUCCGUCAAGCCCAUGUUGAACGUGCGCUUGAAGCUGUUGCCAUUCCACUCAGAGGACUACUCGCCGCUUUUGUUCAAGAUCUCCGCUUUGUUUCAGUUCUUGCGUGACAAUUACGAUGUGGACCAGUCGCUCUCCAAAUUGAGCUCUUUCACCGAAGAGACCAACGCCGACUACAACUCGUACAAGUUCUGGGUGCAUCCCGAUAACUUGAUGGAGGUCAAGGCCAUCAUCUUGCGUCAUCUUCCUGUGCUUGUUUACAACAACAAAAAUAGGGAAAGUGCCUACAACUACGAUGACGACGACGACGACGACGACGAUGACGAUGACUUCAAGUUCUCCAGAAACGACCCCACGAUCAAUUGCUUGUACUUCGACAACGAAAACUUUGACUUGUACAACAACAAGUUGGUGAAGAGCCCUAAUGCAAACACUCUUCGUAUCAAGUGGGUUGGCAAGUUGAACAAUAAGCCUCAGAUCUCUUUGGAGAAGAAGAGUUUCGAGAAGAGCCUGGAAACGUACGAUGUGGACGAGAAAAUCACUCUUAAGGAGAAGCAUUUGGACGAUUUCAUCCAGGGCAACUUUGACAAGCAGAAGUAUUUGCGUAAGCUUCGUAGGAAGGGCGACUCUUCUGAGCUUGUUGAUGACAUUGAGAAACAGAUUGACUCCUUGGGCAACUUCAUCAAGGACAACCACGUCCAGCCCUGUCUCCGAACUCAGUACAAGCGUACAGCUUUCCAGAUUCCUGGCGACGAUAGAGUGCGUAUUGUUAUUGACUCGGAUAUCUACUUCAUCAGAGAGGAUGCUUUCGAUGAACAGAGACCCAUCAGAGACCCCAACAAGUGGCACAGAACAGAUAUCGAUUCGAAGGUCAACAAUCCAUUGUCUCUUUUGAGAAAGGGAGAGUUCGUCAAAUUCCCAUAUGCCGAGCUUGAAAUCAAGAUCAAGAACAGAAAGAAGGGAAGAAGACUGAUUUGGGUUGACGACUUGGUGCACUCUCAUUUGAUCAAGGAAAUCCCCAAUUUCUCCAAGUUCAUCCACGGAAUUGCUUCGUUGUUCUUGGAGGACGACAAGCUUGACAACAUCCCGUUCUGGUUCAACGAGUUGGAGUCCGACUUGAAGCUUGACCCUCAACAGGCCUACAACGACACGAGGCAGAAGUUGGCCAAGUUGCAGAAUGACGAGGACAACUUGAGAAAGUUCAAGUCGAUGUUGGCCAAUUCCUCCUCGCCAGACAUUUCAACCAGAUCCAAAUCCUUUUCUGGUUCUCUUUUGGGUGCUGGUGAUCUAAACGACGAGUCUAAGCUGGCGGUUGACUCCGCAGAAGGCACAUCCCUGAAAUCAGCUUUACAUCCUGUCACAGAGAAUGUGGUGGAUGAACCUGACCAGGCUCCUGUUUCCGGUGGUGACUUGGACCAGUCCUCAGACGAUGAUUACGAUGAUGACGAUCAUCGCAAGACGCCCAUCCAGAAACUCUUGAAAUUGCCAAACACGUUCUCCAAGUUGCUUGAUGUCGACUCCGAGGAGGAAGAGAUUGAUUUGCCCGCUGGCGUGGUGAAGCCGGACCAGUAUAUCAAGAAUGCUGGCCCAUUGAAAAUUGAGCCUAAGGUUUGGUUGGCCAACGAGCGUACAUUCAACAGGUGGCUCCACGUCACAACGUUGUUGUCCUCCUUGACAUUCAUUAUCUACUCCUCAACACACCGUGCCAAUUCUACUAGAUUGGCGGAGUAUGUGGCCUACAUCUACUUUGGCUUGACUAUUUUCUCAGGCAUUUGGGGAUACUACAUUUUCAUGAAGAGAAGAACCAUCAUCAUGGAGAGAUCGUCCAAGCACUUGGACAACGUUUUGGGCCCCUUGGUGGUUGCAUUGGGGCUUAUCAUUGGCCUUGUGAUCAACUUUGUUUAUGGCUUCCGUGCCAUUGCCCUGCAGAGAGCGAACGACUUCACCACUAAUGGCUUGACCGACGACUUCUACGAACGUAACCCAUUGCAGAAGAAGAUUCUUGAAGCAGUUUUUUACCUUGUGGGCGCGUAG